AUGGCAGAGGGCAACGGGAACGGGGUGACCGGCUUCUUCCCGAAGGGACCGUCAGACUGGCCGGAGGUGCGAUUCGAGGCCUUCGACACUGUCUACUCGGCCACGUUCCUGGGCAGCGGUGCCUUUCUCCUCACCCUUCGCGCUGACCACCGUCUUCACACGCCCAUGUACUUCUUCCUCGUCAACAUUUCAUUGCUGGACGUCUCCCGCUUAACGGCCACGAUCUAUUUCCUGGUGUCCCCGGAGCGGAUGGAUGUCUUCCUCCUGGAAGUCACGGCCUCUAAGCAUCGCUUGGCCAUCCUCCUCCCUCUCCGCUACAGUGUUCUCAUGGACGGGGAUGUGUGCGCUUCGCUGGCAGCAGGGGCCUGGUCGGCCUGCUUCCUCAUCUCACCCCUGCACGUGCCCUUCGCCUUUACGCUGACCGUCUGCGGCUCCAACCAGAGUCGCUCGGCCGAGGGGAAGCGCCGAGCCUGGUUCACCUGCACCUCCUGCCUGCUGGCCGUUGGCCACUUCUACGGCCCCGCCAUCUUUAGCUACAUCCGGCCGUCUUCCGGUCACUCUUAUGGAAGUGACGGGCUCAUGGCAUGCUUUAUGGCGUUCUCAACCCCCUCGUCGACAGCCUGA